AAUAAACCGAAUCAUGUGGAUGUGCGAAAUAAAAAACGCAGUGCAGCGAGUGAUGAUUUACUGAAAAAAGCAUCUGGCAAUGAUCGGGGGAAUGGCAAUGGUAAGCGAAUGAAGAAUGAUUUGUCGGCAAAAGCAUCUGGCAAUGAUCGGGGGGAUGGCGAUGGUAAGCGAAUGAAGAAUGAUGUGUCGGCAAAAGCAUCUGGCAAUGAUCAGGGGAAUGGCGAUGGUAAGCAAAUGAAGAAUGAUGUGUCGGCAAAAGAUCGGGGUAGGGCUGACAAAACACCAGAGAUGAUAGAUGGAGAAAGAUGCGGAGAUGCCACUACAAAAAAAAAAUGCUACAUGUGGAGACAUAGGCAACAAAGAAAAUGAGGCAAAAGAUCAAGAGACGAUAACUACAACAAACAAGAACAACGAAACACAAAACAUGCAAGGAUUGUUUGAUGCGCCUACCUUUCACCUGCUCACACAAGACACCGAAUUAGGUGAUGAUGUCGAUGAUACGCAUGACAAAAAUCAAGAAGGGAAGGGAACGGCUGAAAAGGAUAUCACACGUAAUCCUUGGAUAAAGGAAAUCGAAUCAAGACGAAGAAAACCAGUUGGUAGGUUCGCCGGCUCACGUGAUGACCAUGAAGACGAAAUGGGAAUAGACAUUACAACGGAAGAACAGCGUAUUUGGGAUUUUCUAUUCGAUGUGAAGUACUCAGUGACACGUGGAAUGGUCAUCUCCUUGUCUAGCGGGGUAACAAAAAAAUUUGGUCAAUCUGCUGGAGAUGUUAUCUUCGAGAGUAUAUACGGCUUAGAACUCACAAAAACGCUGAUGCGCACUUUGAGGGGGGAAGUGAAGGUCUGCUCUGAUGUAGUUGAUGCUUGGGUAGAUGUGAUGAAUUUUGAAGAACUUGACAGAACCGACGGCUGCCCAACGCGGGUUUAUUUUAACACAACUGUGAUAGACAGCUGGCUUUUGACGGAUUCUACUUGUGAUGAUGAUGAACGUAUGCAAACGUUCGGCGAAAGGAUGGUCAUAGGCGGCGCAUAUGAUUUCAUUGGGAUCAAAAUGGGUUUCUUUCCAAUCCUCGAGAAUGAUGAAUAUUACAUGCUUGUUUUCGAUCUGGAAAACGGUGAAAUAACCGUCAUAGACCACAAGCCUGAUCGCACACCCUUAGCUGGCAUUAGGGAUCAUCAAGACUACUACAAAAAAGAUACACCAUACAAAGUGAAGCAUAUGCUGGACAAUUAUUUGGAGCAUUGCAAACAUCCGUUAAAGGAUAAAAUUGCACCAGCCAAGAUUAAAAGGUGUGAUAUCCAUUGGGCGACAAGUGCACAUCCAAUGGAUAGUGCAGUGUUCCUUAUGCACCACAUGCAAAAUUUUAACGGCGUUGGUAAACACUUUGAAUGUGGUUUUAGUAGCAACUGGAAACAAAAGCAAAAACAGAUUCUUACCCUCCGAAAAAAAUUCGCUACACGCAUACUACUCUGUGAUGUGAAUGUGGUGAAGGCAAAGGUUCGUGAUGCUGCAUUAUCAGUGUAAGUUGCUGAUCCGUAUGGUAAUGUUAUGUUUUUUUGUGGAUGGGACUAUGGUGUACAACUUAAACAAUUUAAACUCGUACUUUGUUAGUUGCCUAUAUGUAUCUAACUAUUAAUGUCUGUCGUUGAUCCGGACAUCUUAAACAUUUUGGUGAAGCAUAAGUAAACUACUGGAAAGUUUGACAA